AUGGUUGAUUAUUAUCAGUCUGAUCCAUUUGUGAUGUCAAGUGCAUGUCCAUAUUCAUGUGCACUCGUUAAAUUUGCCUUACGGUUAGGUGGAACAAUUGAUCCAGACUUUCUAAUUCAAUGUCAAAUAAUGGAUCCAAAAUUUCAAGCAUCUGUUGACGCAUUAAAAUCAAUACCAUUAAAAUUUGAAACACCAUCAACAUAUUUCAAUAAUCAAGAGGAUAUGUUUUUCGAUAUGGGUGCACCUAAUGCGAACGAUUUUUAUGAUUCAUGGCAGUUUAACGAAUAUAAUUCAUGGUUAGGAAGUUCUGAUCAAUGGGAUUCAACUUAUGCUGUUAAUAACGAUCUUGUUAUUGAUCUAAUAUGA